AGUUGUCAUAGGUUGUCACGAAUAUAAGUUUGUUGUGCUAUUAGUGAGUAAAUAAAGGACUUGUAUUGGUAUUUUUAAUACCAAGAAACCCCAACAAGUGGGUAAAAAACUCUUACAAUUGGUUAAAAGAAUAUUUCUUAUAGUUUUUGUAUAUAUUUUUUUAUUGUGUUUACUUACGUGGUUGAGAACAUCUUGAGGAAAAUACAACUGAUUGCUAUGAUAAUUGAUUUGGUAAUUAGUCCAACAAACUAGCGGCGUUUAAGUUCGACGACCAAUCAGUACGAAUUAUAACAUUGUCCGAACAACUAUGGAACAAGUUUGUUUGUUAUUCUGUACACUAGUGAUAUUUGGGUACACAGUUUCUACGAAUGAAGGUGGUCUGCUAGACCCAUUCAAAAACAUUUUUGCUCAGAAUUCACGCGCUCAAAGCAGACCAGAUCCACUGCUAGAACAGCUGAUAGCACCUUACCAAGAUAAUAAUCAACCUAUUGAUAAUAUUGACUUCGAUCCCAACAAUCCUGGACAACCAAACAAUGCUGGGUAUCCAACUUAUCCAAAAGGAUUUGAUGAGAUUUUUCAAGCUCAUCCCAGUGCAGCUCACCCAGUACCAUUUAAAUCGAAAGAAACAAUAAAUGGCCCCAUUAGGAAAAAGGCUAAGGAAAAACCAAAAGCUCCAGAGAAACCAAAAGAAAAAAAACCUGCCCUAGAGAAAGCAAAGCCUUGCCCAGACCCGGAACCGCCAAAGCCUUGUCCUUGUGGAAAAGUGAAAAGUCCAGAUCCAUGUAAGUGUCCAGAAGGUGAGCCUAAAUGUCCUGAACCAGCACCUAAAAGUCCAGAACCACCGCCUAAAUGUACAGAUCCAGUACCGAAAUGCCCAGAACUAGGGCCUAAAUACCAAGAACUGGCGCCUAAACCGGAACCGGAGUGUAAAUGUCCAGAACCUCCUAAACCCCCAGAACCUGCUCCUAAAUGUCCAGAACCGGCUCCAAAAGAAUGUUCCGACUGUCCGAAGAAACCUAGCAGUCAAAUUAAUUUCGUAUCACCAUACAACGAUUUAAACAAUAAUCGAAGAAUACCUUCUGACCGCGCCAAUAAUGCAAGAUUCCCUCAGGCCCAUCUAUAUCCUGAAAAGUCAAGUCAGACAAAAUUUAAUUACGAGAAACAAAAUCAAUACAGAUUUCCUUCAAUAAAACCACAUCAAGCAAGAAUACCUCCUCUGAAACCAUAUCAAACAAGGCUGUCUGCUGCUGGUCAAUUUCAUCCAAAGCAGCUUAUGGACAUGCGUCCAUAUAGUUCAAAACAAGCUCCUGAGAGUCCAUACGGCUUAAAGUCAUCUGCAGAAAAUCAAUUUAGUUUAAAACAAGCUUCUGAUAGGUUGUACAAUUCAAAACUACAACAAUUACAAGAACAAUUAAAGUCUAAAUCAUCCUCUGAUGGGUCGAAUAAACUUAAAUCACCUUCAGAAAAACAACAUUAUGAAGUAACGUCUAAAUUAACUCAAAACAACCCAAACCAACUUUCCAACAAUCCGAAAAAAACAAAACCACCAGUUGAAAAUCAAUAUAAUACAAAAAAAAUUGCUGAAGAUCCGUUUAAGUCUAAACUACCGACAGAUAACCAAUAUCAAAGAAAAUUUUCUGACGAUCCUGUUAGGUCAAAGUCACCAGUAGAAAAUCAAUACAACACUAAACAGCUUUCUGAUGAUCCCUAUAAAAUAAAGCUACCAUCAGAAAAUCAAUAUAACUCGAAACAACUCUCUGAAGAUCCUUAUAAUUCAAAAUUACCCAUAGAAAAUCAAAACAACUUAAAACAGCCUUCUGAUCCUUUACCAACAGAAAAUCAAUUUAACUCGAAACAACUUUCUGAAGGUAAUUCAAAAAUACCCUCGGAAGAACAAUUUACUGCAAAACGACCUGAAGAAGAACAACCUCCUUCCGAUCAAAAAGUAUCUUCUGAAGAUCAAUAUAACUCGAAGAAGACUGUAGAAGAUUCGUAUGAACCAAAAUUACUUCCAAAAAAUCAAUUUGAUUCCAAAGUCCCUUCCAAUAGUCCUUCACGACUAAAACAACUACCAGUAAAUGGACAAUAUCAGUCGAUUCCCGCCGCGCCGUUGAAUUUAGCACUGCCUUAUAGUCAACCAAGUAACUCACCUUCGGAUGAUAGCUAUUCAAAACUACCUGCUGAUAAUCCGAACAACCUUGAUUUACCUUCUGACGAUUUAAGUAAUUCAAAAUUGCCUCCAGAUAAUUCUAAUCAUUAUGAGAACCCUUCCGACGACAUUUCAAGAAUUUCUUCCAAUAGACUAAGUAAGUUUAGAAUACCCGCAGAAAAUCCAAAUAUUGUAAAAUUUCCUAUAGAGGGAAUAGAGUCUUCAAGGUAUUCUGUGGUAGAUCCUAAUAAUCCUUUCAGUUUGGAUAUCGACGAUAAUUUCGAUAAUAACAGGUGGUGGCCUGAAGAAGCCACAAAGGUCCAAGAAAGCAUUACUACAUUGAAACCAGCACCAAACAAACAUGACAAGAAAAUUGAUUAUGACGAAAUUGUAGCGCAGAAGUUCCCUCAAGCAGUGAAGUUGUUAGAAGAAUUACGAAAACUAAACAAAUUGAAGGAACAAAGAAAGGAAAAUAAUUACGACGAUGUGUAUUAUGAAUAUACUGAGUUACCUCAGAUAUUAUCAAGUACGGUUUUUCCAACCGCUAAAUCUUACAACAACGAUGAGAUUAAUGAACUUCUGAAGCCUGAAGCUCUUGAUAUGAGGUUUACAACUGAACAAAAUGUUGUGACCGAUAAGUUAAUAAUGAGGAAACUCACAAAAAGAAGGUUUUAUUACGAAGCUAAACCUGUGACACCCGAAACUGAGAAGGCCAGCGUUAACGAAACUGUUUACUAUAUUGACUUAUAAAUUCAAACAUUUAUUUUAUAGCUUAGAUUAUAAUGCUUAGAUGAAUAUAUGAUAUAUAAAUGUUUAGAUGAAUACUACGUGAUUUUGAAUAAAGGAAAAUGUGAUAUUUUGUAACUUAAUUUUUAUUCUUCACCGCGUCCCUUAGGAACUACUCCACACAUCCGGCCUUUCUCGAUAAAUGAGCCAUCUAGAGUUUUUAAUUUAUUUGGGAGAGUAUAAUAAUUUAUCAAAUCGGUCUUGUAGUUCCUGAGAUUAUCGAUACUUACUAGUAUGACGUUCUGAUUAUAGCAUAUAGAUUAGGGUUAUAGAAAUGAGAUCAGUUUGCACCUUGUCUACUAAAUAUUCUUGUUAAAUCUUUGGUGUCAAGCAUUGCAAUAUUUACGUCCAUGUU